AUGGUCGAUGGACAAGAUACGCUGCAGGGAGUUCAUCCCAUCUUAAGGAAUCCCGACUUGCCGAAUCCUACUGCCUCACCGACAUUGAUGAGUCCGAGAUCUCAGGUUAGAUUUUCUGUUCCUGAUACAAGUUUUAUGAAUGAAGCUCAGGUGUCAGUCUCAGAAUCUCCAUCUAAGAUAGUUUUCCCCAAAGGUUCUGAAGAAGAUAGCGUUUAUGAAACUGCGAAUGAAGAGAUCGGCGAUGAAUUUCGUAACCUGGGAAAAGAAGGGCAUUUUAUGGAUAUGCAUUCAAGAGUAAUGAUUGACGUCCCUGAAGAAAUUUGGGAUUUCCACACUAGAAGACUAAUAAAACAUCGCAGGUCGAGAUCAACUGGUGAUCAGUCUAUAUACAAUGGUAACGCUAAUGGUAAUUUGGAAAUGUCAAGAUCGUUACAAUCUAUUAUAGUUGAUACUUUAGAUUCAAUGGGAAAAUUUAAGGAAAAAUAUAGGGCAGAGAAUUCUAAUUCCGAAGAUUCCAGUGGAAUAAGUCAAGUUUCUCCUCUAAAUCUACGGCGGGAAACUAAUUAUGAUCUUUAUCUAACACCUUACUCGCCCUUAAACAAUUACGAUGUGCCCAUACCUUUAGAGAUUUCAUUACCACCGUACCUAUCACCAAAAAACAAGGAAAGAAAAAGAAGUAGCCUGAUCUUUGAUGGUAAACAUUAUAGUCCGUUUAAUAUGGACUCUUUUGAAAGCUCUGCAGAAGAAGAUGUGGAGGACAGAGAUCGAUUAAAUGAAAGUUCCCAUAUGUCAGCAGAUGCUGAAGAAGAAGGUUCCAUAAGUGCAGAUUCAAUACCUUCAGCGGUACAUGACAUAUCAUUUGACGUAAGUUCUUUGCACGAUGUGGAUGAAGAAUUAGGCAUUGAUCAAGAUGCCAAUGUUAAUUUGAAAGUUCAGAGAAAAAAUCUGAAAAGACAAAGUCCUUCGAAGUCAUCUCCACUUACAAGGAAAUCACAUACCAAAUCAGCUUCCAGAAAUUUGAACGAUCAACAAGUACCCGACUUGCCACCCACUCAAGAACCUGAAGUUGCAGAUGAACCCCCAUUAGAUCAAGAAGGUAUUGAAGAAGAGGAGAAAAAUGAGCAAGAAGCGCUAGCGCCGGUGCUCAGUAAAAAAUCAUUGGAUAUUCUUGAGACACCUUCUAAACAAAUUUACAUUCCGGAUUUCGAUUCAGAUCCUACACCUGCAACUUCCACUGCUGGGUCAUUGAAAUUUUUUGAUACUUUAGAUGAUCGUGAAGAAGGUCACGAAGAGGCCUUCACUACAAAUCCCAAUCGUGAAGUGGAUAUCCUCGAUAUGACAUUCAAAUUUCCCCCAUUGCCUCCAAAAGAAGAUGAAAGUCAUGAAGAGAAAGAUACUUCGAAUCCCAAUCGUGAAGCGCAUAACCUCGAUAUGGCAUUCAAAUUUCCUCCAUCUCCUCCAAAAGAAGAUGCAGAUUUCCUAAGGGUGGAUAAUUCACCGGUUGAUCCUCAAUUUGAGUCAAGGAGGAGUAAGUUGAUGCAGCAGAAAGUCUUAACUCCUGGUGGUCGUAGACACAUGCAUAGUCGUAGUAGAAGCAUGCAUAAUGUACAAGAUAUGUUUGCCGCUACUUCAACACCACCUACUGCUGCUCCUGCAGCCAUUACUACUACUACUAAUAAUAAUAAUAAUACUGAAACUCCUAGUGGAUCCCCACUGCGACAAAACUAUGCCGUUCAGGAAGGUGCUGCAUUAUUUGAAAUGGAUAAACAAAAAGAACAAAUUCCUCCUAGAGAAUCGCCAAGAGGGUUUGCAGAGGAUGAGUACGGUCUACCAACCACACCAACACCUUUUGCAAGGUUUAAUGGUGAUUUGCCCGUCACACCUUCCUCCACAGGUAGGAAUAGAAGUGAGUUGGCCAUGACACCAACUCCUUUUUCCAGGCGUAGACGUGGUAAGCCUGUCACUCCGACAUCUUUUGAAGAACAAGUUCAUGAAGUUGAUAUGACACCUGAAUCAGAACCUUAUGUUGAGCAUGAAGAAGAAUCUGAUCCAUCAUCAGUCUAUGAAGAGGUGCAUGCCUUAAAGGAGCAGCCAUCGCAUGAACAGCCAGAGCCAACAAGGAACCAGGAAGACUUUGUCUCUCAAGAUCAAUCAUCCUAUAACAAGACCGAUGAGAGUCUAAAGAUAAUAUCGGAAAAGAACCUAAAUUAUGACCACUUUGAUUUUUCUGAUGAAGUUGAAAGAGAAGUUGCCUUGUCUACACCUGUAAAACAAAAGGAACUAUCACCUCCCCCAGUCAGCCCUGUCAAUCCUAUGACAUCAUUCCAAUCUUUUACUAGACCUGUGAUUCCGCCAGAGAAUGAAUACGAAAAUAUCGUUUCAAUGCCACCUGAGCAUAACAAGAUAAAUUACAAUUUGUUAUCACCCGGGAGAAGCCUUUCAAAUAAUGGCAGUGAAUCUUCUAAAAAUUCUCAAUUUUCAAAAAAUACCAAUCAAAGUAGCAGAACUUCUUAUCCAGCUGAACGUGAAAUGAUCAAUCCUCUGGUUGAAAACUUGAAAAAGUCGGAUGUACCUUACUCCUUUCCAUAUCCUUUCGAUCCUGUGUUGAAUAAUGCGAUGAAACUCCAAAGACACUCAAUGCCUGCCUUUGAUAUAUAUAAUGGUAGUGCUCCUUCUUUCCGCCAACUUAAUGAAGAAAUAUCAUUUCAGGACAAUGAUAGGUAUAAACAAGGUCUGCACCAGCAACAGCCUGAUAUCCCAGCUGAUAAAUCGGCUCAGAGAGUUUAUAGCAGGCCAAAAAGUGUUAUCGGACCAGGAGCCUACGUUGAAGACCAGGUGAGUUCUAAUGUUGGUCCUAGAUCGGAAGUCCCUAGUUGUAAUCAAAGGAAGGGCCAAAUGCACCAUAGAUCUAGGAGCUUAGAACAGUCAACCUAUCCCAGGGCUCUAAACGAUUACCAUGGUGAGUCCUACCAUGAACCAAAAGAUCAUCUUCUGUCACAAAAUACUAUGAGACCUAGGAGUUUUCAUGCGCCACGUAGAUCAAUUCAAUCUUUCAUGGCAGAUGACCUGUAUGGGCCUGAUGACUAUAGGAUGUUCGAGGAUUACCAAAACGUGAAUCAGCACGCCCAAGAGGAUGAUUCUGAGAGGCCAGCAGAUGUAGUCUCGUACCCCCAUAGACUGGCACCCAGUGCUGAUUUUCGUGAUGUAUUGGAGACACUGGAUAACAUGUCCCCAUCUACACAGAGGUCAAAGGAAUUUUCUUCGAGGGAGCCCGACCACUACACUCUUCCUGAGACUCCAGUAAGGUCAAAAAGGAAUGCUGCUACUGAUGAAGGUUACCGUACAGAGUAUGAGGUAAGGGAUGGUAAGCUAGUAGAAGUACUAGUUCUAGAUGAUGAUUCAGAUGAAAGCAUUCAUAACCAAAGUGAAAAAGAUAGCCCAUUAUCUCCAAGUAAAGUUUCACAAUAUAGUUCACCAAACAGGAACCAUGAAGAGCUACUAAAGAUGUGUGAAGAUACUGCAACACAUGCUAAAAAAGUUAUUUUGCAACUGGUUGAUGAUAAAAAAACUAAAAAAGCUGGCGGUAAGAAGAAAAAAUUAUCAAGGCCGCCUCCUCCGGUUACAACUAAAGAAGUAGAGCAAGUUGCGCGGUUAACUCCAAGACAAAACAAUCAUCGUAGGAGUAGCUCUAUAGGCCAAGAACGGUAUUUGAGGAAUCUACAUCGAGCUAUGAAGUCAAAGCCAUAUCCGCAAUAA